GGUAGCAGCGCAGCGGGAAGCCCGCAGGGUUCCCUGGUAAUGUUAGUAGUAGGGGAGGUGGGGAAGUAUGGCGGGACCCCUGAUGCAGGGGAAUUGCAGAUGGCCUCCUGCCUUCAAGUCAAGCAUCGGAAACAAUAUUGGGAGAGUGAAAUGAAAGCUUUGAAAGGGCAGUUCCAUUAGGCUGUAAUCACGGCGACACUUGACAGUAGUCUGGAUUACAAAUAGGGCUUUUGUCCUUUACAAAACCGUGGAGUCAGAGCGUUGUCUCCAGUGUGGACUGUAUACUUACUUGUCCAAAGUACGCCUUCACCUCCAGCACCUGCUCUCCCUCUAAGACAGGGUUUUAUUAUGAAGCCUGAACUGUACACAUCUUUAAUCCCAGCACUCAGUUGCAGAGGCAGUUGCCAGAACAAAGGGGAUUUAGCGAUGGAGGCCUUGUUGGAAGGAAUACAAAAUCGAGGGCAUAGCGGGGGAUUUUUGACAUCCUGUGAAGCAGAACUGCAGGAGCUCAUGAAACAGAUCGACAUAAUGGUGGCACAUAAGAAAUCUGAAUGGGAGGGGCAGACGCACGCGCUGGAGACUUGUUUGGACAUCCGCGAUCGGGAGCUCAAGACGCUGAGAAGUCAGCUGGACAUGAAGCACAAGGAGAUUGGAAUGUUGCAUCAGCAGAUAGAAGAACAUGAAAAAAACAAGCAAGAAAUGGCCAUGGAGUAUAAGCAGGAGUUAAAGAAGCUGCAGGAGGAAUUAGGCAGACUGAAAAGAAGCUAUGAAAAGCUGCAGAAAAAGCAACUAAGAGAAUUUAGAGGAAAUACCAAAAGUCUGCGGGAGGAUCGGUCUGAGAUUGAGAGGCUGACUGGAAAAAUAGAGGAAUUCCGACAGAAGUCUCUGGACUGGGAGAAGCAGCGUUUGAUUUAUCAGCAACAGGUGUCUUCUCUGGAAGCACAAAGGAAGGCUUUAGCUGAACAGUCGGAGAUCAUUCAGGCUCAGCUUGCUAACCGGAAACAGAAAUUAGAGUCUGUGGAGCUGUCCAGCCAGUCAGAAAUCCAGCACCUGAGCAGUAAGCUCGAGCGGGCCAAGGACACCAUUUGUGCCAACGAGCUGGAAAUAGAGCGCCUUAAUAUGAGGGUCAAUGACCUGAUGGGGACCAAUAUGACUAUCCUGCAGGAGCAGCGGCAGAAGGAGGAGAAACUGAGGGAGUCUGAGAAGUUAUUAGAGGCUCUGCAGGAAGAACAGAAAGGAUUGAAGGCAAGUCUUCAAUCUCAAGAAAACUUCAUCCUUGAGGCAAAAAUGCAGAAGGAAAAACUGCAAACAAAAUUGAAGACAGUUGACACUCAGCACUCCAUAGAAAGGCCGCUGGAGAAGUGUCAGGUGGAAAGGAAGUUCCCUUCUCCAGGCCCAGGAGUCCUAGAUAAUGUGCUAUCACAGCUGGACUUCAGCCACACCAGCGAGGAGCUCCUGCAGGCAGAGGUGACUCGUCUUGAAGGCAGUUUGGAAUCUGUGAGUGCAACAUGUAAACAGCUGAGCCAAGAAUUAAUGGAAAAAUAUGAAGAACUGAAAAAAAUGGAAGGGCAUAACAAUGAGUACAGGACCGAGAUUAAAAAGUUGAAAGAACAGAUUCUGCAGGCUGAUCAGACCUAUAGCUCUGCGCUGGAAGGAAUGAAGAUGGAAAUCUCCCAGCUGACUCGCGAGUUACACCAGCGAGAUAUCACUAUUGCUUCUGCCAAGUGUUCUUCCUCAGACAUGGAAAAGCAGCUGAAGGCAGAGAUGCAGAAAGCAGAAGAAAAGGCAGUAGAACAUAAGGAGAUUCUGAGUCAGCUAGAAUCACUCAAGUUAGAAAAUCGCCGUCUUUCUGAAACAGUGAUGAAGCUGGAACUGGGCUUGCACGAGGCAAAAGAGAUUUCACUAGCAGACCUUCAGGAGAAUUAUAUUGAGGCAUUAAAUAAAUUAGUGUCUGAAAAUCAACAACUCCAGAAAGAUCUGAUGAACACCAAGUCUCAGCUGCAGCAUGCUACUCUCGUGUGUAAAAAAAAAGAUGGCAGGAUUUUUAAACCAGCACAUAGCAGAGCAGCCGAGUUCAAGAACACAGAGUCCAAGCCAACCCAUGGCCAGCACAGACAUGAUGGAAUAAAGACUGAGCAGUAUAAAACAGGUCACCACUCGCCUCGAGAACAAAUGUUGGGUAGCAAAGACCCCAUGGCCAGGGGCCCCAGUCCCCGGAGUUCUCACAUCAGCCCUGACAGCUCCACCGUGUCUCUGCCUUCCAACUUUCUGUGCCAUGCUCACUCUUUGCCUUCAAUGCUAGAUAUAAAUGAUGCCAACUUUUCUGACGUCCUGUCUGAUUGUAUGAAUGACCAAGAAGAGUUUGUGUCUUCGUGCUCGCUGCCCGUCUCUCCUCUGGGAUCGAUAGCUACCAGGUUCCUGGAGGAGGAGGAGCUACGGUCGCACCAUAUUCUAGAGCGCCUGGAUGCACACAUUGAAGAGCUGAGAAGAGAGAGUGAAAGGACGGUGAGGCAGUUCACGGCCCUUGUGUAGCCCUGGACAGCCGCAGACAGAUGGCUUGGUUAUAAAGUUAUAAUACAGAGGAUGCCGGCGAGAGCAGCGGUGAAAAAUCUGCGCUAAUUAUUUUCACUGACUUGUUUGAAGGACUUCUCCCAACAGUAACUUGUGAGAAUAAACCAAUUUGCAGACUUUUCUCACAUGAAUAUUUAUUACCACAAAGCAAUACUUUUUCUUUCUGACUGAAAUGUGAAUAGCUGUGUACUAAUUACAAUAAAGAUUUUCUAAUGCAGUUUGAAAACAAAGAAACUACAGCGCUUCCCUUAAGGAAGUAUGUAGUGGAAGCCUGGCUCUAGAGUUGCUCAGCUGGCUUCGUACCCUUUCUCACCAUGUUACAUGCAAGGUCUGGCUAGAAGUGUGUGAAGGGCAUGGGGAAAUCCUUUGCCCCACCCCGAGGUCCAAGAGUGUGGGGCUCCUGGGACAGCCAGUGUGAAUGCUCAGCAUUUGCAUGCUGUCGAGAGAGCCAGAUGGGAGACAGGGUUUGAAGCCACAUUGUUGACAACCAAGGAGGUGUGGAGAGGAGAAGAGCGAGGUUCUGGGCAGCGGAGGAUCACAGGAGCCGGACCAGUAGAGGAAGUGGAGUGUGCUGUUGAGACAAGGAGAAGGCGCAUGCUGUCCUUGCCAGCUCAGGGACCCAGAACCUUCCAUUCCCCCUGCUAGUGGGUCCUACCCAUCAGCGCACAAACAUCCUAGUGUUUCUUCUUUCUUUAAAGAGAAACAGGAAAACUGGUCAUCUCCAUACGAUUUGCUCCUUUUCAGCAAACAUCUCCAUAAACAGCUGUUGGCAGUGAUGGUUCUGCUUGGUCUCCUCUCUCCUGAGCCCUCUUCGCUCUAACGUUGCUCUCCUGCCACGGGGGACACUAUCAACCUAAGCUCUGCACAUCAUUCUCAUCUUCCAUUGCCCCUGUAGGCUCCCUCUGUCUGCCCGGUCUCUCCACAUCAUUCGCCGUCACCGGAGGGCUCUAGAUGGCUUUCCUCACUUAGCACAGUCUUCUCUAGAACAUUCCAUUCUGUUCCCAAGCUCUUAUGACCAUGUAAAGCCAGUGUACACUACAGUCAAAGGAAUGAGAGCUGCCUCCGGGUGGAGAGAUGUCUUGGUGGUCCUGGACAGGUUCAACGCUCCACAUUUCCAGCAGAGGACUCUGGGCUUGCCCUCUGGCUAAGAUUCACCUCAGGACAGGGCUCGUGUUUGCUGGCUCCUCCGUGCUCGGCCCAGUUUAUCGGGAGGCCUUGCUGCUUCUGCUUCUCUCAGCUCCCCGACUGCUCUUGUCUACAGUACAAGCCUGCUCCAGACUACACAGACUCUCACCUGAAGUCUGGGCAUGGCCUCCCACCUGGUACCACUCUAGUACCCAACACCAGUAAUUCACCUUCACAGAGUGUCCAGAGCUGCGCUUUCAACCAUGAAUGAAAUGUCACUGCUUCCCACUUUGUAACCUAACGAGGCUUCUUACUGCACUCCAAAAAAAAAACCCAGAUGUGUCAUGCCUACAGAGCCUCCAUGACCUGGGCCUGCACACGGUCCUCACUGUGCCUUCCUCAGUGAGCUGCUCGUACUAGGUUUCCUAGAGGUUUUUUCUGUGGCUCUUCAUCCUCCAAGAAGACUUCGUUACUUGAAUUAUACCUCUUGGGGGCAGGGCCUUUGCCUGCCUCAUUCCUCGUGGGGUCCUCACACACUGCGCAAGUCCAUCUUCUCGGAGGCGCUCAAGUGCGUUGAACCAGUGAUAAAUGUCGGUUGUCAGUUAGAUGCCCACAUGCCGCUCUCCUCCUGCUGUGGAUGCUUUCCUUCUGGUCUCUUCUGCCCACGGCCUGUCGCUACUGUUUUGCCCCACAGCACCCAGACUCUUGGUUGCCUUAACCUGUGUGAUGGGACUGGCCAGGGGCAGGGAGCUGCUCUUGCUCUCCUGAGCAUGCCCCUCCAACAGCACCGGCCUCACUCUGCUGCCUUCCCUGACCUCUGUUCCUGAGGGCUGAACAGCUCGCUGCUCUACAGGUGGUACCCAGUAAUCAUAGUGCAUGUGUUCAAAUGAUGACUGUCGGCCUUCAUUGUACUUCAUUGUAGAAUGAGAGUACUGUUCCUGGGGUUAAGAGGGUUACUGAAGAUGUAUUUCUAAAGGACUGUUCAGGCUCGGAAGAUGCUGUUCUGUGUAGAUUAGUCUGAAGGGGUUUUUGCAUUUCCGAGUCUCCCAAGCUUCAGAUGAAAGGUUUCUGUGUUGUGUCCUAACAGGGAGGAGAGGACAGCUCAGUCCCUGGGAGCACUCAAGAAAUCACGAGGUGCUGUGAAUUUCCUUAGAAUUAAACUGUGCUUUUGCAAGAGCUGAAGUAGUUUGUUGUGUAAAUUUGUAGAACAUUGGAUUGUAAUUACUCCCUGGACUUUGGUUUUUCAGAUUUGCUACUACCCAAAUUUGUUCAAAGUAAGUAAAUUUGUUUCUUAGCAGCUUUUUAAAAAUUCACUGCUCAGGGCAAAUGAGAUGAUGAGGGAUGGGAAGUUUACUUUGUUGUUGUUGAGUCAGGGUCUCUUGUUGCCCAGCCUAUCCUGGAGCAUCCUAGCAUCCUUCUGCCUGCACCUAUCGUAGGUGCUGGAUCACAGCACCAGCGUGUCUGGGGACGAAGUCUUCCUUUGCUGUUUACAGACACUGCUGUGUCACAUAACUUGGGUCAUUCCUCUUGCCCUGGAUUCCUGAUGAAUUUGUGUCUAGUUUCUAGGAAGCAGUGGCAGUAAUUUCCCCCACUUUAUAAGGAAAUUAAAAUGGUCUGUGGAGGGUCCUGGAGCUCUCCCUCCAGCAGAGCCAAGAGGAAGUAUGGACUCCAGGCAAUGAAUGACCUUCCUCCUAAUUCCAGCACAGCCCAUUUUAGUUAGGUGAACCUGGGCCACUGAACUAACCUCUCUAUGCUUCAGUUUUAUCAUCUGUAAGAUAGAACAGUAGAAAGAGUGCCUAUCUCGGGGUUUUUGUGAAAAUGAACUCAGUAUGUUUGUAAAGCACGUAGCAGCUCACUUGGCACAGCAUACUCUGGAAGUAUCUUAAGUGGGAAAUGACCUGCGCCUUCUGCUGUGUGAUGUCUCCCUGACUUCAGGUCCUACAUCCCCUCUCCCAGGGACAAGGAAGAUGUAGGAGCUGUGCAUGGUGUUUUCUGUUUGCAGAACACCCUUGAGUCCAGAACUUAAAAGUUACAGGUGAGGAUAAUGGUGCAAAACAAUCUGUAUGUUACCGAGGACAUGGAUGACAAACAGUUGUCAUGAAGAGCAUUGACACACAGGACGGAGACAGGAGAAGGGAAUUGUCAGCAAAGGCAGAGGAGGAAACACUUUUACUCUAAAGGCUUCUGGUGCCUCUGAGGUUGAAGCAGACAUCUGCCUUAGGAGAAGCUGAGCUUGGCCAGGUCUGGUGAACACCUGUUUAGGCAACAGGUGUUGGGGGAGACUGUAAUAGUCUCCUAACUGAUAAAGAAUCUGCUUUGCUUCCUUACAGUUGCAGGUCGAAGGCUUAGGGUGAAGUGUGAUCAGAACUGGUUCUGAGAGGAUCCCAGGCAUGAGGGCUUGAAGCUGGACCGGAGAAAAUCUGUGGGUGGGUGUUCAGACUUUAGAGCAGCCCACUGUAAACGCUAUUCCAAGAGAAAUUUAGAUAGUUCCAGCACACUGCUCACACUUUCCUCCGUGGGAACCUAGAAUCUGGGUAUUUUAUGCUGCCCCCUUUGGCAGUUAAUCAAAAGUGGGUUUACAGUCCUAGAAAAAGUAAGCAUCUAGCUCAGGUGAUGGUUGGACCGUGGAAGGCCCAGAAACUCCUAGGUACCAGAUGAAAAAAAGAGGUGUGUGCACAUGUGUUUGUAUGGCAGUGAAUUUUCAUUAAGAUUCUUACAGAUAUUUGUGAGCUGAAAAGAGAUUUCAGAGCCACAGCUUUCAGGACUUAAGUGCCCUGGAGAUAAUCUCUUGUUUCCUGGUGAGAGACGUAAAGUUGGAGUCAAAUCCUUCUUACUGUGUUAAGUUUUAAAGUAUAGUAGAAAAUGAAAACUAUUCAAUAAUAAAAAAAUGCCCACAUAAUUUUUUC